UGAUCUUCGGUAGACCGUAGGCCCCCCCAUAUGCCAUAUGGUGACAAAAUUCCAGUCCGAGGUGGUACUACCCACUGCGGUUCCUUUUCCGACCCGGCGUUUGCUUCCCGUGCAUUCCCUACAUACAUAUUUCCCCGCCGGAAUCCGGAUGCUGCAGGCUGUUUGCUCGCGGAUAUGCAUAUGAUUUUUCCUCGUGCAUAUCGUAGGCUGGCCGCUGGUAUCGCAUACCUAUGUCGCAUAUGCACAUGCCUACGCCCCACCCACACACCACUGUUAUGUAUGUACCCCAUAGCUGUGCGGUAUGGCAUGGGCUUUGAAUAUCGCAUAUUGCAGAUUCGGCUCCGUAUGUAUUGUAUGUACGGGAGCUUCCAGAGAGUUCGCAUCUAGUUAUUGGAAUUUGGUGCAAUCAACAAUUGCCUUUGCCUUUGCCUUUGCCUUUUCACAUCGAUGUGAGAUGUGCAGACAUGUCCGGAAUUGAUUGUACGCUUUUUUGCAGUACAAACUUGAAGAUGAAGGGAGAUGAAGGGAGACGGGAUGGGGGAUGGAAGGGGAGAUACUGGUGGUGGGAUGUAGGGAUAGUAUUGCCGGUACAUGUCCACCUCCACCUCCCCCGCCCAUUAAUUAGAGUACCUAUCUUGCCUUCACGUCCACGUCCCGAGUUCUCACCACCACCUCCUUCACCACCAGCCCGAACUUUACUCCCGUACCUACUCCAUCUUUCAUUUCCUCCUAUCCCCUUCCCACCUCUCCUUCCCACCUCUCCUUCCCACCUCUCCUUCCCACCUCUCCUUCCCACCUCUCCUUUCCAUCUGAACACCUCAAGCAUGAACACCGAGUGUAUAACUCUUUCCUCGGACGAUGACCUAGACGAGGACACCGCACGUCCGACCCCAGUGUGGGGCCCAGUGUGGAUGAAGAAAUCCCGGUCCUCUUCGGCGUCGCCAAUGCUGGGACAUAGUGCGAGGUUUUUGCCGGGUCCUCUGGAAAUUCCGUUGGAGAUUCCGUUGGAGAUUCCGUUGGAGAUUCCGCUGGAAAUUCCGCUGGAGGUUCCGCUCGAGGUUCCGCUGGAAAUUCCGCUCGAGGUUCCGCUGGAAAUUCCGCUGGAAAUUCCGCUGGAGGUUGCAGAGGAGGUUGCUACAUCGGGACCGGGAUCGGGGACAGUCGAGGCUGAAGCCGAAGCCAGGGCCGAAGCUAGAGCGCCAGUUGCUGCGAUGUUGGGUGUUCCGGCUGCGAUGCAGGUUGAACUGCCAGAAGCAGUGUCAGUGCCGGUGCCAACUGCAGCUCUGGUCGAGUUGUCAGCUCCCGUACUGGCUGAAUCAACAACAGCCCCGGAACUGUCGGAUCCCGCGUCAGCUUCGGCCACGGUGUCGCCUGAACCCGCCAUGCCAGGAGGUGGAGUUCCAGGAGUUCCAGUGCUCGCAGCGCCAGUCAUGAUGGAGACCGAGAUCGUCAAUAUUCUCCCAGCACCGCCUCUUGCCGUAGACGAUUUGGCCCUUGUUACUAGAGCUGUGACGCCUCAUCCGGUCGAAAUGCCAGGUGCCAUACCGGCCGUCGUUCCUGUUACAACGCCGAAAUCUCCGGUAUUAACUUCGGUACCGGUCGUGAAGACUUGUAACGUCCUUGCUGCGCUGCAGCCGGGGAAAGAAGACGCUGAAGUUAUCACAGUCCCGGCCUCGGUAGAUCUGGCCCCAAAAACUCCGGCUCUGGUAGCUCUGGUACCGACAGCUCUAGCAUCUGCAACUAAAUCGGAGCCCUCGGCCCCGAGGAUUCAAGAUUCGGCCCAGAACGGACAUCAUACACCCACUACGCCUCCCUCCGCAGAUGUAGCAUCCCCAGUCGCUGUAGCUUCGGCUUCGGCCACUCCUUCCCAGAAUGCCAUCACAUCUGCUGCUCCUCGAUCCCCUACUCCACCUUCCGACGCUCGGCCCAAACAGUCCAUCGACGCGAGAACACAGCCCGGCACGCCCAAGCCCGCCCACACCCGGCCCAUUGCAGCAUCUACCUCCAUAGCUCCAGUCACACCCACAUGUCUCACCAGAACCAGAACCAAAACGCUACCUCCACCGCCUCCACCGCCUCCAUCUCCUGCCACACCCCGCGGCGAGAACCCCGUAAUCUUCAUCGACCGGCUCCUCCGAGCGUUCAGCAACGAAGUCGGCGAGACGACCGCCGGGACCACCGGCAAGGCGCACAAGUUCCAGCUCGCGCUGAAAAAAGAAAUGGAGAGCUUCUCGGCGUGUCUAUCGACCACGUGCCCGCACCUGCUGGUUCUGCCCUCGCCCGCUGCCGAAGACGAGGAGCUUAAGUUGUGGCAGACGUUUAUCCGCCCACAGAGCACGCAGAGCACACAGGGCGCGCUGUUCGGCGAUGUAAAGAGGAAGCGCGAGGUUACGCCGACGAUGACGAUGACGCCCCUGAGAGGCGAGGUUACGCCGCAAAGUGCCAGUAGGAAACGCAACGUCGCGUUUGUGGAUAUGACCAACGCCUCGUGGUCGGGCAAGGAUAUGUCCAGCGUUAGCAAGCGGUUGAAGGCCGCUGCUACUACUACUACUCCGUCGACGGCUACUUCGAGGGUUAAUAAACGGUCGAAGGCCACUGCUACUACUACUACUACUAGUACUCCUUCAACGCCCGCCUUCCCUCCGCGAGGUCAGUGCCCACCGCCCAAAAUCUCCGUCGUCAACUAAUCACCGCAGACCGGCCCGCAAGCGCAUACACGCUGCCACACCUGUGCCAAAUAAUCGAGAGCGUGUCCACCGGCGGGCUACCGAACCAAGUCUCAC